AUGCGUAGGGGUGUAGGUGCGUCUAGGAUAUUGAACGCCAAAAAUGAACAAGAAAAAUGGGAGGCCUUCUCUGAUUCUUUUACGCGUGAAAAACUCGAGACGUACAAGCGAAUUAUAGAAGACUUCAAGGUAGAUCUGUACGCGUUUAUAGCAAAAUACAAAGAAGUAAUUAACGCUGAUCCGUCGUUUCGUAUAGAGUUCUUAGAGAUAUGCGACCUGUUGGGUGUAGACCCGCUUUCCUCUUCGUCCUCCGCGCUUUCUAGAACACUUGGUCUGACAAAUUACUACGUCGAAAUUACGGUGCGCUUAUUGGAAGUGUGUAUCCAAACGAGGGCGUUGAAUGGUGGGUUCUGUGAGAUGGACGAACUGCUUGCGGCGUUCCCCCCCAACUUAAACGUAACUAAACGUGAUAUCAUUAGAUGUAUAGAACAAUGCCCCAUUUUUGGAAAAAACAGCAUCAGGAUCCUAUGUGUCCGGGACAAGACCCUAAUUGUCACUGCGCCGAUGUUGUUAGGUGCUGAGCAUCGGGAAUGCUUAGAUUUCGUGGCUACUGUCAAAGGCGGCAUAUCCAUGGUUAACCUUUCGGUUAAUUUGGGUUGGACAGAGCAGAGAACACAGUCUAUACUCAACCAGUUUAUAGAACGACAAAUUGUGUGGGUCGACCAGACAGAUGACGAGAUGUACUACUGGUUCCCAUGCCUUUCUAAAGUUUAUAGCUAUCAAAUUUAG